UUGUUUAUCGCCAUUUUUGUGAUGGCGGCCGAUAUUUAUAGAUCCUAAGGGUGUUGUUAGUUUUCCAUAAUAAAUGUUUUAAAAUGGAGGAGACGAAAGUUAUUUACUACAUAGACGACGAGGAGACGCCUUAUUUAGUUAAAAUACCGAUAUCUCCGGAGAAAGUGACUUUAAUAGACUUUAAAAAUCAAUUGAACAGGCCUAACUAUAAGUUCUUUUUCAAAUCGAUGGACGAUGAUUUUGGUGUAGUGAAAGAGGAAAUUAUCGAUGAUAGUGCUCAUCUCCCGUGCUUUAACGGUCGUGUGGUGUCAUGGCUGGUGUCUGCGGAGGGAUCCAACCCUUCGGACGGUGCUUCACAAUGUACAGAUAGUAAUGCUGGGAAGGGAAAAGCUAAUCCCCACGGUGCUCCAACUGUUCCCUUAACAAGAGAUACAUGUACGGACACAGACAGCACUAUAAGUUCGCGUCCCGGACACCGGGCAUCGUGUGAUAAAUACAAAUAUAGAGGUUUAAGAAUAAAUGGACAUUCCAAAUAUGGAAAUCAUGGACUUGAAUAUGAAACAGCCUCUGUUCUCAGUUCGGAUUUGGACUCGACGAGUCUCUUCGACAGUCAGUCUGAGAUUACGACGACUACUGGAAGACAUACUAACGCUUCCGUCGAUCGGGCGCUUACAGAAUGCAGUAGUGUAUCUCAUUUACAGGUCAGCUCUCGUAAGCGUCCGCAACGUAGACGAAAAAGACCUCAAGUUAUGUCGAGAACAUCUUCAUACUCAUCUAUAACAGAUUCCACGAUGUCUAUGCAUAUAAUAACGGUGACUUUGAACAUGGAUACAGUGAAUUUCCUUGGGAUUUCAAUUGUGGGACAGUCAAAUAAGGGUGGUGAUGGUGGAAUAUAUGUUGGCAGUAUAAUGAAAGGUGGUGCGGUAGCUCUGGACGGAAGGAUAGAGCCAGGAGAUAUGAUACUACAGGUGAAUGACGUAAACUUUGAAGAUAUGACAAAUGAUGAAGCGGUUAGAGUUCUCCGGGAGGUGGUGCAGAAGCCGGGCCCUAUUAAACUGGUUGUUGCCAAGUGUUGGGACCCCAACCCUAAGGGAUACUUUACCAUCCCGAGAACUGAGCCUGUCAGACCUAUAGAUCCUGGUGCAUGGGUGGCUCAUACAGCAGCACUAAGGGAGGCGUACCCACCGCCGCCCGGUGGAGCCCCUGGCUCCGAUGCUGGCUCAAUGCCGCCAGAACCCCCCCUGUCUGUCAGCAUGGACAUGGCACUUGUAGUCAGAGCUAUGCUCCGCCCUGAUAGUGGUUUGGAGAUAAGAGACCGUAUGUGGCUGAAGAUAACAAUCCCGAAUGCGUUUAUUGGUGCUGACGUUGUGGACUGGAUUCUGCAGCAUGUGGCUGGAAUUGCUGACCGUAGAGAUGCUAGGAAGUACGCUUCACAUAUGCUUAAGGCGGGUUUCAUCCGUCAUACGGUGAAUAAGAUAACGUUUUCCGAGCAAUGUUAUUACGUUGCGGGUGAACUUUGCGCGGACAUGGCGGCGCUCAGACUGAGAGACAAUGACAGUGUGGCCGGAGAUACUUUAGCACCGCUACCUAACCCAAAUAUGAUGGGUCCUGGUUAUAUGCCGUACGCUGGCUCGUAUGGUUACCAGCCCAUACCAUUCAAAUACACCUCAUGCGUCACCAGUGAACACACUAUAUAUGGAUAUAACCGAGAGGAGAGCGUACUGUCUGGCAGUGGGGGCUCCAGUGCGGGCUCAGAUCAUCUCACAGCUAAGGAGCACACAGUGGGAGGUCGCGAGGGGGAGGUACUCGUCGCUCUCACUCCAGCGGCAGUGAUCGCGCCGCUGACAGACCUGUGCUCUUCCUAUAACGGAACGAAGUAUAUCCUGGGUCCGAUACUGCCAAAUACAUAUAGAAGUCGUCUAGUUGUCUUGUAUGUCUGUCACUUGAUGUUCUGUAGUUAUAUAAAAGAGAAAAAAGGGGGGGAUGGGUCAAAGAAAUGAUGUAAUUUUGAUUGUUUUGAAAAAUACGAAGAACUUGGUUUUCAUUUUUCA